AUGACGCGCAUCAUCAUUGAGCGAGCACUGUCAUCCAUUCCCUUUUCAUCAUUCAGACCAAACAACAACAACGAACCACCACAUGAGAGACCAACAAACACCUCUCGUAUUUGCUACCUCUCCUCCGAGCUUGUACGAACUUGUCCUAGCAAGAACCACCCCAACGACACGAUAAUCAAGGUUUUGGGAACAGAUAUUCAAGAACACCAACAUCCAAAAACAACAACAAUUAUUAAAAAAUUAUUCGCAUCAUCAUCAUCGGAAGUGUUCGACGACGGUGGUAGGACAGAGCAACAACAAGAGAUUGAUAAUGAUGAACAACAUUUGAUCGAUUCAGAGAGAUUCUAUCAUCAUCUACAAGAACCACACUCCAAUAAUUGUUUAUUUCGACAAGAACAUCCUCGUGAAUUUAUACUGCCACAAGUAAGAGCUUCCCUAUUUGGCACAGAAGACUCUCUGCAACAAGAAGAUUUUUCCUCUUCAACAACAACAUCGAAUCAUAUUAGUAAUUUAUUUAAUCAUCAUCAUCACUCCAAUAGCAGUAACAUUAAUAACAACAAAAUCAUGACUCGGAAACGAAUGAAUUUAAUUUCUGCCAUAUCAUCAUCCAAUUCAGAAAAGAAGAUUUUCAAAAAGCGGAACCUCACAUUCUCACAACAAAUUUUGAGUCAUUUGGCCUCAUGGAUACAUGCAUUUGUAAUCUUAUCAAUGAUGCUCUGUGUGUCAAAUGUUGUGGGCAUUGUUAGUUUGUCCUCUACGGUUUUAUCUAUCUCAUCAUCUAACAAUCAUAAUGACCAUGUGAAUGUAAAUAACACCUCGAAACAUUCAUUGGUUUCCCAACAUUAUCAUUCCAACUUCAUUUUAUUAGAAUCCUAUUCUCAUCAUUCGCAUCAAUUUUGGAACACUGCUUCCAUUUCAGUAGAUACAGCUGUCAAUCAUGAUGCAACAACACUAGCACUGACGACUACUCAAAACUACAUUAAUUUAUUCAUGCAUGAAUACAAUCAUUCCUCAUCAACUUCCACCACCAACAGCUAUGAAUAUCCCCAUCAUUGGCUUCUUCAAAGUCUGUACUUACAUUUCAAGGAUUUUGCAGAGAGUGCUACACUAUCCAAUUUUGGCACGACCAAUAGAUUCAUUCUAUUUGUCAAUGCUGCUCAAACAAGAACACUUAAAUCAGCCUUAGAAGAACCCUCUCUUUCCCUCCCUCCUUCUUCCUUUGAGCUAUUAUAUUCGGAAUCUUCUCUCUAUCGACCAUUCAUAGAUCAUAAUGACACUGAUUUAACUUCAAUAUUUAUGAAAAACAUUCCCUAUUUUGAGCAUAAUAAUCUGACUUUGUACAACUUGCCAAUAUCAGAUGCUUUCAAAAAUUUUACGAAGGAAAAUUCUGAUUUGUUGUCUGAAAUGUUUUCGACAGCACAGAAUCUUCUCUCGUCAUCCUCACAAAUUUUGAAUGGUACUACUUCUAAUACUUUGAAUUUUAUAUUACAUGACCCUGUACUGGUUUCCAAUCAAAGAGAAUUGAGGCCAACAGCUCUCAAAUCCGGUACAUCAACAUACUCUGGUAACGAUGGCAUGCAUUUGUUUGGAGCAGUUUCGAGUGAUGGACAACAAAUUCUAAUACUUCCAGUUCUGGAGCAAUAUAAAACAGGAUUAUUCUCGAGAUAUGAGAAAUGGUUAGGAAUUGAAGAUUUUUGCUCUUAUAACAAUAUGAAAUUGACCUCCCUUGAAUCGAGUUCUUUCUUCGAGUUGCGUACAAAUGGCAUCAACACAAAGAAGUGGUUGCAAUCCAUUAGAUCUCUCAGCGUGCCUUUACCCUUUCUGAUCUUUGAUGGAAUAACAAAUACUUUCAAUAUUUCGGAAAAUUUCUCUGUAAGCGCUUCAAGCAUACGAGACUUUAAGUUCUGUAUCUACAAAGGCACUGACAAUGACUAUCAUUUUUUAGGUGCCAUUUUGUUUGAUAAUGGUCAAUUACUCACAUGGCUUGAUGAUUUUAGAGAGGGAAUGAAACUUUCAGGCAAUGGUGCUUCUACCUUCAUUCAAAUUGAGUCUUCUUACAGAAGAAUAUAUGCUUUGGAGCAAAAUGGGACAUUAUUUAGAAUUGAGGAUAAUCUUAUUGCUGGUAAUUCAAGCUUGCUUUCUCAAUAUCAUAUGGUUCCAGAAAAUAAGGGGAGUGAAUCAUUGCACAUUGUUUCAUUUGUCAUCGAUAAAGCAUACUCUAAUGACACUUCCAAUGAUAUUGACUCGAUCAUGCUCUUGGCUACAAAUAGGAAUAUUGAUUAUAUUUACAUGAAAGGCAAUAAUCAUUAUUGCCAAAUUAAUGUUGCAUUUUGCCUUGGUAAUGAUUCUGACUAUCAAGUUGUGGAUACCUACUCACUUACAUACUCACCAUUGGUAGAUUGGAAGCGAGUGACCAACAUAUUCUACAAUAGUGGUGGGUCUGUGGUGACAUUAAAUUCUGGAACUUUGAUUGUUUGGGGUAACAACAAGAAUGCAAAAUUGGGAAUAUCUUCGGUAUCGAUAGUACCGUAUCCUGUUCCUGUGGAUUUUAAUUUUCCAACAGCCUCAGAAUCAGUAUGGAAGUACUAUAUUUUUGAUAGCUUUUCUCUCUACUUGACCAAUCAAAAAAGAAUUUUCAUGGUAGCAAAGUUUGGUAAUGGAAGUGAGAAUUAUGAUAUGAAUGUGUACAAUACGACUUUUAAUUUACAAAUGCACACUCAACUUGCAAGUACGAAUAUUUAUCAGGAGAUUAUGCCAGAGUUUAAAUAUUUGGAUGAUUUAAAUGAAAUUGUGCAAAUUCCUCAGUUGAUUCAAACACAGAUUGGAACCUCAACUGUUUAUGUACCAAGUGUAUUGUUGUUUAUUGGAGUCUCAACUUUGCGUAUACAAAGCUUUAUUACUUCUGGUGCCCUUACUAAUUUUAAUGUAUAUGAGAAAAAUUUUGGAACAGGAUACUACAAUAGUGAAUGUGGUUCACUUCCUCUCAACAUAGCUUUUAACUUUACAUCGAUUUCUGAAAUUGGAGACAUUAGAGGUAGUGGCUUUCAAAGAGGACCCAUGUUUGCUUCCUCCUAUCUGGUAAAAGAUCAAACCUGGAAGAUUUGGGGACCUGCUCAAAAUUUGGUCAACACAUUGGAAUUAUCUCAAUUUGGAGACUUAAAUACUGUGUCACUAAGCGACACCUACUCAUUGACAUCGUUAAAGCAUGACAAUCAAACUUUGGUUUUCUCAGUAGAAGGUCAGCAAUCAUUCUAUCUCGAAACAGCCACCAACAAGUAUCAAAUUGUUGGGCUACCUGAUGGCGGAGACAUAGUAUCGUUUGACCUAUUCUCAGGAUAUUCAUUCAAAGAAAUCAAUAAUUCAGAUGCAAAUUGUGCUCUCUCCUCAUUUGGAAAUUUAUUCUGCUGGGGUGGAUUUUUGAGAAGAAUGAUGAAUGCUAAUUUCAAUCCAACCCUUGAAGGAAAUCCUCUGUAUACUGUGAUUUAUACCAAUGUUAGCUUGGUUCGUUUCAACAUUCCAUGUAACCUUUUCAGCGUAAGCACAGGCCACAUUUCAAUUCUUGGAAAGGACAGUAGAGUUUAUAACAUUGGAAUCAGCAUAUUCAAGGCUUCCACGUUGUUGAGGGGCUCUCGUAGUAAUUUGUUGACUCCUUUUGUGUUUUAUGGCGCGGAAGAUUCACAACAAGAUUCGACAUUUGAAUUGUUUGUUAACACUGCCACAUUGUCCACUUCUUCUGUAUGCAAGAAGAUUGUCUCGCUCAUGAGUAGUACUUUUUGCUUAGGAACCGAUAACAAAUUAUACUAUCAACUAUUGCUGCCUGCUAUUGUCGCAAACAGUUCUGUUAGUAUUGGAAAUUAUUUUACUGCAUGCCCAUCAGAUACACAAUUCUACAGCAACGUUACCAUAACAAGCGCUGCUUUUAAUUCAUCCGUACUGGUUUCUUUCCCUAAAACAGAGCAAUAUUCAGUUGUAGACAUUGAAGGAGAUGAUUUUACGUUACUCAUUUUAACGAGUACCGAUAGGUUAUUGAAAUUUUCAUAUUUUGGACCUUUUGAUCCCUUCUUAAAAUACCAUUCGUUGUGCUCUACUGACUUACUAGACUCCAUUUCUAGUACCUUUAGUUCUGUGUUUACAGGUAAUAGAAAAGUUGUCUCCAUGAAAUGUUCACGAGGUGAUGCAUUGUUUACCAUUGAUUCUUCCAAAUGUGCAGAUGGCUAUUUUGGAAAUGAUUGCUCCAUUGAGGGAUCUUGUACGGAUGCUCAAAACAAGGGAUUAUAUUGUGCUGACAGCCAGUUUGUGUCACUUCCUAAUGGUGCCAAAGUACCAAAAACUGAGAAAUCUUCAUACUGUUGGUUUGGAAAAUGUCUAUGCAAAAAAGGUUUCACUGGUAACAAUUGUGACAUUCCUAUAUGUUACAAUUUGACCAGUUUUGAUUCAGAGCACGUUGCUUGUGGUGGGUUAGAACGAGGCAUUUGUGUUGCACCUGAUACAUGCCAAUGCCGAAACGGCUUAUUUAGUGGCCGUGAAUGUGAAGUGAGCGUACCUCCAUCGGCUACCAUGAUAAUUGGAGAUUCUUCCAUCACUACCGAUGGAAAAUACAUGACUCAAUCGGGAUCAAUCAUUGAUUCGGCAAUAUCACAAAUAUGCAGUAUGCAGCUUGUUAUUUCGACAAAUUUAUCAGUGCAAAUGACAUCAAAUUUCUCAUUCACGUUUGAUAUUUCUUCGUACAGCAAUGGAAUUUCUACUCCAAUUUUGAGGUUGAAAAAUUCCACCUUAGUAGUUCCCUCUUCACUCUUAUCUACAAAGCACAAUUAUAAUAUUUCCUUGUCCGUUUCGAAUUUAAUGAACAAUGCAAGCACCACGGUUUAUUUCUUACUUGAAAACCUUGAUUGUAGCAUGUUUGGUAUUUAUUGUUUCAGAGAUGACGACUGUGGACUUGGCCAAGGUACGGUCGGAGGUAAAUGCAACACAUCGACAGGAGUUUGCACAUGCUAUGAAAACUAUUUUGGACCUACUUGCAGCACACCUGCUUCAUUCUUUGAACCAAAUAUUUCACUUUCAUUUGAUUCAAAGUUUUCAACAGAUCAUCCUGCCACUGCAUUGUUAUUUAAGGAUUCAGAUCAGAUUACCUUAGACGCAAGCAAAACCAUCUUCUCUCCAUCAAAGUAUGGAAGCUUUCAAAAAUAUUUUUGGAGAACAACAGUGAACACAAGCAAAAAUGUCACUCUUUGGAAUAAGCUAAUUUACAACAAAAUCACUCAUAACACUCAGGAGAGUUUAGUGUGGAUUGUAAACGGAACAGACUUACUUCCAACAGUUAAUUACGGUAUUGAAUUUGUUGUUCAAACAUUCCUUCCAGAAACGAGAAAACGAUCUUCUUUCAACACUCACGAACAAUCAUCAUACAAGAUGGUAUUAGAACGUUCUCAAGCUGUACAAGUAUCGAAAAAUGCGACCAAGAGUUUAGUGGCGCAAAUCGAUGGAGGGCUUACUGAAGAAUAUUUGCCGCUAUACGCCGUAAGAAACUCCUUACAGAGCCAAGUAUUUGUUAACUCAUUCGAAAAUAUUUAUAUUCCUUCUGUACAAUCUGAUGGUACAAUCAAAUUGUCAUCAACAAGUUUCGAUCCUGAGGAUUUACCUUUGUUAGGAGAAUUUUAUGAAAGAUAUAAUUGGAGCUGUUAUAGAAUUUAUGGGCACGAUUACAAUGCUCUCAGCGUGAAACAAGUUCGUACAGAUAUCGCAUCUAACUUGCUCGCACCCUGUUCGUUAACCCCAAAUGUUGCAUUAUCCAAAUCCUCACUUCGAAUUCCAACGAAUUUACUUGAUUAUUAUUCCACCUAUGUAAUCGUGUUGGACUAUUCAAUCAACACACGAACCAGCUCUACAUUCAAAAUGUUAAGAACUUUGAAACAGAACGAAAACUGGUCUGUUCGUGUAUAUCCAACGAUUGAAGGCCCAUUUUUGGAUCCUUUCAAAAGUACUGUACUAAGUGGAGAGAUUGUUCCUGGAGGAAUUUUCUUAUCUGGAAUUACAAACCUUACUUGGGAAUGGACAGUGAGUUAUUGGGGUAAGGAAAAUUCCCAGCUGAGCUCUCCAAUUCUUUUCAAGAGGUCUACUAGCUCAGUUCUUUUCAUUGAACCAAAAGCAUUGUUUGCAUACGAGAAUAAUCAGUCUGGAGCUAGUAUUUAUGAAUUUAAAGUAAGAGCCAAAAUUAAUAAUCAAUAUUGGACAAGCGCCUCUUUCACACGAAAAGUAGCAUCCAUGCAGUCCCGUGCUUUAUUAUCAGUAGAGAGGGUAAAAAUAAGUCCUGUUGUACAGGGCAUGAAUAGACCAUUACUGGAUCAGUUCUCAAUUUCAAUUCCUUCAUUCGACAUUAGUAUAAGUGGAAACAUGAAAUAUGAGGUUUAUUAUUCAAUUGUAGGAGACAGUUCAGACUCUACUCUUCGACUUUUGGCAAGUAAGACCAGAUCGAAUGAAAUUGUCACUUUUCUUCCGGUAUCACAUACUUCAGCCUUAGAUAUCCAUGUAUUUGCAAUAUUAUAUGAUGAAGGUUCAGAAUCAGAAAACUUUUAUUACUGGAUUAGCUCAGAGCAAGUCAAUCUUGCUCUCAACUCUACUGUGAUUGUCAAUAAUACUCUCACUAACGGGUUGGCUUAUCUAAAUACCAUUUCUUCAAUGCUUGACAACAUUCAGCAGAAUAUGACCGACAUACUCCCUAACAUUGAAUUGAUACUGGAAAGAAAUGGUCGACAAUAUUUCGACCCAUCCAUGUUAACAGAUCUUUUCCUCACUUUAGAUAAGCUUUGUGAAUCUUUAAACGAAUUAGGUAAAGCAUAUGAAAUGACCUCUGCAGCUUUCACCACAAUGGAACCUGAUAUUAGAAAAAAGAUAUUACAGGUAGCACUUUCUACAAAACAAAAAUUAUUACAAAUUUCCAUCAUGUCCAAAGAUUCAAAAACUCGAAGUAAGGCCUACUUAUUGCAACUCAUCAAUUCAUUAGUGAAACAAUCCUCAAGUUUGUCUUUGGACUCAAUCAGUGAAUUAGUUGCUCAGCUACUACAACCAUUACUCGUAAAUACUAUGAAGACAAUGAACAAGUUCAUCACAUCCAAGAUCAAUAUUGUGGAUAAGCGACUUGUCUCGAAUACUGGCAGUUUCUCAAACAAGCUACCAUCUAUCUCUGAAACAUUUUUGUCAGUACUUGAUUCCUUGCUGUCAACACCUUCAGCGAAUAGUCACAUCAUUAUGCCAAACGAGGAUCAAACAUUGUCGAGUUUCUGCCAAAAAUGGAUUCAUCUGUUGUCACUAAGACUUGUUGAGGAGUCAGAGCCUUCUGAAACUUUCUCUCUCAUUAAUAAGAAUGUGGAAAUUGCAUACAGAAGAGAUUUAUUAAAUCUGUUGCUUGGUAGUGAUGUAAAGCAUGAUAACUCCAUGGAUGUAGACUACGUCAAUGACACAAGAGAGUGGAAAGUGAAUGGAGAUUUGCUGGUUGUCCAACUUCCAGACGAAAUUAAGCAGCAAAGUCUAUUCAUCUCUGAUAUUGAUGUUGACGCAGAGACAACCACCCAACGUCAAUCUCGAAAAUUGACUCUUGCCUCAACGCAAAGCACCGUUACCUCUUUCGAUGUUACUUCUCCUUUACCUUUGAAUAUUUCUGAUCAGUUUGUUGGUUUCAAGAUUGUAACAUUUAAGAAUUUGGAUGCAAAUAACUCCCAAACUCUUCUUGGAAAUGCAAUGAUCAGUGUAGAGUUCUUGUACAAUCAACAACCAUUGAAAUUACGUGAGCUUAAAUCUCCAAUAGAAAUGGUUUUCUUUGCUGAUCCAUCAAUUUACUUACCCUAUUAUUUAUGGCUUGGAGGAGGUUGUCAUUAUUGGAAUGAAACCACAGAGCAGUGGUCCAAAGAAGGAUGCACUACAGUCGCUUCCUAUGCCAUGUUUGGAAACUCAAAACCAAAUGGAAAUUUGAUUUCAUCCGAUCUAAAUCCCACAUUUAACAGAAUUUAUUGUAGUUGCAAUCACACUACCCUCUUUGCAGUGUUAAAAACCAAUGAUUCCAACAUUUCAUUAGUUCAGAACUUUACCAACAAGAUUUGGGGAGAUUUGACUUCAAAUUCGCUUAUUAUUUUCUUUUGCAUUUUCCAGAUUGUCUUUAUGCUCAUGAUCAAAACCAAGCACAACAUUGCUCUCAAAUUCCGUGGCUUGAUACCAUUUUAUGGAACUGGUGUUCUUUUAUUGGAGGCAAUAUUCACUCUCGUAAGAGAUGGUCUUAUUAUGAAUAUUUUCCUGACUGGAGUACAAAUACCAUAUAUGGACACAAUUGAUGGUACUUUGAGAACAAUAGUGGAUCCAUUGUUUAGUACCAUGAUUUUUGCAUACACUCUUAGUAUUUGGCAAUACUAUCACAAAGAAAGAUUCCAAUAUCUCAUGAAAAAAUACCAAGAGAAGGAUGAAAAAUAUUCAAUUCGAAGAUAUGUCAAAUUUACAUCAAGAUCCUAUCUUGUCAUGCCAUGUUUUAUUAUAUAUGCAGCACAAUUAGUGACAUACACCAUACUUUUGGUAUUGGCUUCUGUCUCCAUUUUAAAUUUCAAAUUAGUAUUCUCUGUUUUUAGUUUGAUUCGAGGUGGAAUUAUUGCUGCAAGUGUUUUGGCAGCAUUUUUCUUAAUGAUAUUUGUGGAACUCAUCAUGAAAAAGUUACUUAAUUUUAAUGAUGUGAAAAAUGAUGGAUUUUUAAAGUUUGAAGGUACUUUCAAUGGAGACGUUUACUUAUUCAAACUCGAAUGGCUUGCAUACAUGUUUAUGGCUAGUUUAUUGGUUCUUGCAGAGGGUUAUGAUAUUUUGAAUAUUCUUGCACCUAAUCUCUACAGCAACACGUUCCCUGAAGGUUCAGUGGCAUUCCAACUCUAUAGCCGGCAGGCACAUAUUCACAUGUUGGAAAUAGCACCAAUCAUACUGUUAUUCAUGAUCAAGUGUUUGGUGUUGCUGGUGUAUGGAGGAUUUGUAUCAUGCAUGACUGCAAGAAAACAUACAUUAUGCUGUUUUGCUGGCUCACAAACUGAUACCACUUCAGACAGUGAAUUAUUGGAUGUAGUGAAUGAUCCUGUUUUGGGUCCUCUCUUUGAAUCUUAUUGCAUGAAAGAAUUUUCACUACCUCUCGUGUAUCUGUACAAGCAAUUGGUUGACAUUUGUGCGUUUGAUGGACCUCAUUCAAUGUUUGAACGAUCUCAGCAUGUGAGAAAAAUUUACAAACGAUUUUUGAAAAAGUAUAGUCCAUUCCCAGUGCCAAUCAAUAGAAAGACCAUGAGAAUGUUCCACAUUAGAAAAGAUCAAGAUGAAGCCAUUACGGCUCAAGAGUUGGAGGACUUAAUUUCAAUACUUCAAGUUGAAACCACAGAUGCACUCAUGAGUAUUUAUUGGAGAUUUAAAAAGACUGAAGCAUACAAGAAGAACGAGAAGAAGAGUGUCGUUAAUCCUUAUCUCAACGAAGAUUUGUAA